AUGUCGGACAAGUGCAAAAAACCUGUAUUUAGUCACCCAGAAAAACUUAUGGCUUCUAAAAAGAAAACCAUAACAAAGGGCACAAAGGACCUUAGUCGGGCUCCCAUUGGUACGGACAACAACGCAACGGAUCAAAUGACCCCGCAAACGAUGAGCAACAAUCCCUUGACUCCUACAGACUUGGGAAUGGUGGAGCAUCACGGAAAACUCCCAGCUGAAGAGUGUGGCGGAAAGGAUGAACUAGAACCAAACACUCAGGAGCCGUUCACCAUUUCACAUAAUCUCGAUGAAGCAACCACGUCCUCCGCAGUGCUUGCAAAAUCUGGAUCAAACCUCUUACGCUUCCGUGAACAAAUUAGACAUGCUAAAGCUGUGGAGUCUAAGGAAACCUUAGAUCCGCGUCAGAAACAGAAGACACCAUGGAGUCUGAUGCUGAAAGCGAGGACACCAACACCUCCCUAG